AUGCUGUUUUUCUUUAAUAUACAUCCUGAAAAUGAUCAACUUUUAUCAAGCUUGAAAACUAAACCAGAUAUUUAUUCACCUCGUUGGGAUCAAUCAACAUUCUCAGGACGUUUAAGGCACUUUAGAGCUGUUGUGAAUCCCUUUAAUUUGUUUAUAACACCAAGUAAAUUAGAAGAAUGUAAAAAAAUAGUUUUAGAUUAUGAAAAUGGUAAGGUUGAUAAAAAUAUGACAUUAAAUGAACUUUGGGAAGCAAAACAUAUUUAUGAUUCAGCUUACCAUCCAACAUCUGGAGAAAAAAUGCCAAUGUUUGGAAGAAUGUGUUCACAGGUACCAGUUAAUUCAAUGAUCUCUGCUGGAAUGUUAUUUUCUUAUAAUUCAACAAAAGGAAUGAUAUUUUGGCAAUGGUUUAACCAAUCUUAUAAUGCCUUAAUUAAUUUUUCAAAUCGAUCAGGCGAAGAACAUUUAAAAAAUUCACGAUUACUAUGUUGUUACUUUGCAGCAGCUGGAGGAAGUAUGGCUGCAGCAAGUGCAUUAAAAAUAUAUGCUGAUAAAUUAAAUUUACCAAAUGUAAUAAAAAGAUUAGUGCCAUUUGGAGCUGUAGCAUUAGCUAAUAUAAUAAAUGUACCUAUGAUGAGAAGUGGAGAAUUUAUAAAUGGUAUUCCAUUAAAAGAUGAACAUGGGAAUACAUUAACAACAAGUACAAAAGUUGCUUGUUAUGCUAUUCCUAUGGUUGUUAUUUGUAGAAUUUUAAUGAAUUUACCUGAUAUGGUUUUUUUACCUAUAAUUAUUGAUCGUUUAGUAAAAAUACCUUUUAUACAAAAAAACAAGUAUUUUAGAUAUGGUAUGAAGAUUUCGCUGGCAGCGCUAGCGGUAUCAUUUGCCACACCUAUUAGUUGUGCUAUAUUUCCUCAAAUGUCACCUUGUAAAAUAGAAAACCUCGAAGAAAGUGUUAAAAAAAAACUAAAAGAACAAAAUUAUAAUAAAGAAACUGUAUUCUUUAACAAAGGGCUUUAA